AUGGGUUUGGGAACAGGAUUAUGUUGUGCUCUGCUCCUGGUGACAAUGUUGGCUCUUUCAGCUAAUGCGUCGAGCAAACUCUACAUUGUGUAUAUGGGGGAUAAGAAACAUGAUGAUCCAUCUGUGGUGACCGCUUCGCACCAUGACUUACUAUCUGUUGUUCAUGGGAGCAAGGAGGAAGCCUUGAAGUCGCUAGUUUACAGUUACAAGCAUGGAUUUUCUGGUUUUGCCGCAAUGCUAACUGAACCUCAAGCUAGGGCAAUCGCAAAGUUCCCUGAAGUUAUCACUGUGAAGCGUAACACUUUCCACAAACGGCACACAACUAGGAGCUGGGACUUCCUUGGCCUUGACUACAACCAACCACCACAACAACCAGGCCUCCUCCAGAAAGCGAAGUACGGAGAAGAUGUAAUCAUCGGUGUAAUCGAUUCCGGCAUAUGGCCUGAAUCACGAAGUUUUAACGAUGACGGGUUUGGUCCUGUGCCAGCCCGGUGGAAAGGAAAAUGCCAAACCGGUGAGAUGUUCAACACCACGAGUUGCAACAGAAAGAUCAUCGGCGCACGGUGGUAUGGCCGUGGCAUCAGCGCUGAGUCAUUCAAGAGUGACUAUAAGUCGCCUAGGGACAUUGACGGCCAUGGCACACACGUUGCCUCGACGAUUGCAGGCGUGGAGGUGCGAGGUGUGAGCUAUGGGGGCCUAGGGAACGGUGUGGCACGUGGUGGGGCGCCGCGUGCACGGCUUGGUAUCUACAAGGUGUGUUGGGUGGACGAUUGCCCCGAGGCGGCGAUCCUAGCGGCUAUCGACGAUGCCAUACAUGAUGGUGUGGACGUUCUGUCAAUCUCGCUGGGAUGGGCCGGUCAUGAGGCACCUGGGACGCUGCAUGCUGUGCAGAGAGGGAUAUCAGUUGUGUUCUCUGGCGGAAACGAUGGGCCUGUGCCGCAGACGAUGUCGAACGCCGUACCAUGGAUCACCACGGUGGCUGCUAGCACGAUUGACCGGGCUUUCCCGACCAUAAUAUCUCUCGGGAACAAAGAAAAACUGGUGGGGCAAUCUCGUCACUACAAUGCAUCUGUGAUCAGCAGCCACUUUAAGGGCCUUGUCGAUGCGGGAAGCUGCGACGCAGAAACAUUGGCGUCCAGCAACGUCACUGGAAAAAUCAUCCUGUGCUAUGCACCAGCGGAUGCGUCAUUCUGGCCGCCCCCUAUAGCACUUCCGUAUGCCAUCAACCUUACCGUCACGGCUGGCGCCAAGGGCCUCAUAUUUGCACAGUACACUGCUAACAACCUUGAUUCCCUGGAAGCAUGCGAAGGCAUUAUGCCCUGUGUACUGGUGGAUUUUGAGAUCGCACAAAGAAUCUUAUCAUACUUGAACAUGGCAGAGAAUCCGGUGGUAAAGGUCUCGCCUACCGUAACCAUUAUUGGAGAUGGUGUGUUGUCGCCUAGAGUUGCCUCGUUCUCGUCGAGAGGACCAAGCCCCACCUUCCCCGGUAUACUCAAGCCCGACGUAGCUGCACCUGGAGUCAGCAUGUUAGCAGCCAAACGUGACUCUUACGUGUUCAUGUCUGGAACGUCUAUGGCGUGCCCGCAUGUCUCAGCAGUCACCGCGCUGCUUAAGUCGGUUCACCCUGGCUGGUCACCUGCCAUGAUCAAGUCUGCCAUCGUCACCACAGCUUCCGUGACAGACCGUUUUGGUAUGCCGAUCCAAGCAGAUGCAGUUCCGAGGAAAUUGGCUGACCCCUUUGACUUUGGCGGUGGCCACAUAAACCCAGAUAGGGCCGUCGACCCCGGCUUGGUCUACGACGUGGAUGUGAAGGAGUAUAAUAAAUUCUUUAAUUGCACCAUUAUUGGAUUGUUAGAUGGUUGUGAGUCCUACCAACUCAAUCUUAAUCUACCAUCAAUCGAUGUGCCAAACCUCAAGAACCAGGUCACAGUUUGGCGCACAAUCACGAACGUCGGGCCAGCAGAAGCGACUUACCGAGCAGAUUUAGAAGCUCCAUCAGGGGUAGUCGUGUCAGUGGAGCCAUCCACGAUCAAUUUCAUUGCAGGUGGUAACAGAAGCAUCACAUUUAGACUGACAUUUACAACAAAGCAAAGAGUACAAGGUGGCUAUACGUUUGGGAGUUUGACAUGGUCUGACCAAAACGCGCACUCGGUGAGAAUUCCUAUUGCCGUACGAACUGUAAUACAAGACUUCGUCGCUGACACAUCUUAA